UCGCUCUGCUGUGUCCUCUCUCACGGUCUCAAGGCUCUCCUUCCGGACGGGACUGACGAAGCACGGCUGAGCCUGCAGCUGCUGCCCUGCGGAAGGCUCCGGAGCCCAUCAGGGCACCCCCACACACUCCAGGGACUGCUCGGCGUCCGGACAGGACUCCCGAACGACCUACAGAAUGUGCGACUGCUUCCACCUGGCCUUCCCCAACUGGCACGGCUCGCCGGGCACGGGGGCGGGGAGACGCCUCAAAGGACCAGAGCCAGGUGUGGAUGAUGACUCAAUUUGUGAGGAAGCAUCCGAAGUUCUAGAAGAGGAGAGACCUCGCCCCCAAGGCUCCUCGCCAGUCAAUGAAUACCCUGCUACUGAAAAGUACACAGAUAUUGACAAACAGGCUGAAGAGGACAUAUAUGACCCCUACCACAAGAGCAGUAGCAUCAAGAAAGGAAAAAGGAUUGGAUUUGGUUCAUUCUUUGAAAAACGCUCUUCAGCAAAAAUAAGUCAAAUGGAGGACCCAGAAGGAUCUGAGUCGAGAGUGUUUGUACGAACGGUAAAAAAAGCCGCUUCAGAGGGCCUGGUGGUGAGCGGUGGGGGCAAGGAGGGAAUAUUCAUUAAAGAAGUGAAACCAGAUUCACCAGCAUCAAAACACCUCACCGUGAAAGAAGGUGACCAAAUACUCAGUGCGACAGUUUAUUUUGACAACAUCUCCUACGAAGAUGCUCUCCAGAUCCUGAAGCAUGCUCAGGCAUACAGAAUGGAGAUGUGUCUGAAGCGGAAGAGGCCUGCCUCUACAGUAUCUACCCUUGAAAGGACCACAGAUGUACAGCCAGAUAGAGAGGAGAGAACCGGUCCAGAGGAACGAGGACGAAAAGCACAGAGGCGACAUGAUGUGCGGAUUUCAUGGCCGAAAUUUUCCUCCCUUGGCAAGGGGCGCAAGGCCGUCUUCAAGAGGUCUCAUAGUACAUCCGAGGCAGAGGAUGAGAAGAGGCUGGAAAUGAGCCCAUCGACCAGCGAUACAGAGUCCCCACUGAAGACUAAGGAAGAUGCAGAGGCGAAAACGAAGAAGGCGAAGAUGAAGCUGAAGAAGACAGGCUUGAGGAGCAAAUCUGUCGACCCGGAUGAACGGCUCGCCGUAGAAACACAUACGGGGUUCUUAGAGUUUGUGGAAAAGCAUCACCCUCUAGAGGAGGCUUCCAGUCAGCCAUCUCCAGAAAAACAGGAGAGCUUACCAUCUAAGAUGCCUCACAUAUUUGUGCUGGAUGACCAAGAGAAGAAGGAAUCAGUUAGAAUACAAAAGAAGUGUAUUGUUCCAUACAUGCCAGACUUUGAGACUGAAGCUAGCCAACAUAAAGCAGAGCUCAUUAGCCUGGACAAGACCCUGAAAACCACUGACAUUACAGACUCUCUUGCAGAUCGAGGUCGCCAUUCGCCUAAGCGCUCCCCAGAUGGGAAAAAGAGGAAAAAAAAACAGAGGUCAGAACUUAAAGUAAAUAUUCAGGGAAAGGAGAAGGACGACUUGAGUCCUGAUAACCUCACUAAAUCCCCUCUGGCCCCAGGAAUAAGUACCUCCCCCCGAAAUUUAACAGCAUCACCCACUAUAGCCAGAACUCCAGAAUUAUCAGUAUCACCAGACAGCAAGGUGGGUCCCAAAAUAAUAUCGCACACUCAGCUGAAGGAACAGCAAAUGGCCAUUGACAUCAACACUCAGAGUAUAAGUGGCUACCAACCCACCAUUAAAGAAGACCAAAAAGGUGCAAGAGAAGAAGACAUUUCACCUUUUACUGGGACUGGAGUAGCUGAGGAUAUAAAAGAGCUGAAAGCAGAUGUGUUAAUAUCAAAUGUAGGCGUUCAAAAGAAACCUCCAAAAAUGGAUUCUGGGAAACAGUGGAAAGAAAGAAGUAUACUUAUUUCUGAUUUGGAGAGAUAUGGAAUCCGAAGCAAAGGUCCAGUGGCUGAUAUUGGCAUAGCAAGAUCACACUAUGUGAGUUCAGUAAAUGAAGUUCAAACAAGUAUGAUAGACAGAAGUGAUGAGAGUGCAGUUAAACCUACAGAUUGUGGCUUAUAUGAAAACAUACUAGACAUAAACAGACCCAGAACUUCCACAGCAACAUCAACACUCCACAGCGAAAAAACCCAGAAGACAGAAGUCAGUUGUAAAGAUGAUGAUGUCUCAACGGCACCUGAUGGAGGCAUCAAAGAGUCAUUGUUACAUAUACAACCUCCACUACUUACAAAAGACAUAAACAAAGACAUUUCAGGACAAAUCGAAAAACAAGCACCUGUGAAGUUUAAACUGCCAAAAAUGGAUAAACCUGACUUCAGUAUGCAUGAGCCCAUUUUAAAGACAGACAAAGAAAAAACAGUAACUCAACUGGAAAUCAAAGACAUCAAGGCAGAACUUAGGGAUCCAACCACAGAGCAAAUACAUAUAAUUGAGUCAUCUCACAUGAACAUUCUACCCAAACGUGAAGACAUUGAGAUACCAGGUAUGGAAGCUGUAGUUCCAUCAAGGAAUAUUCAAAUGCCAGGCGUGAGGAUGACUAUGGAUAUGCAGAACAUACAUGAUAUUAAGGGGCAAUAUUCCGAAAGAGAUUCUGCAUCAUUCAAGCUGCCCAGUGCUGACCUGUCAGACAUUGAUUUGCAGCAACAUAUUACAAAGACAGAUAUUAAUGCUGAAAAAGUAAAACUGACUAAAGCUGCCAGUGUAUCUAGGCCUGCUGAGAUAACAGAAAAGCCACUGGAUGUGAAGAGAACAGUACCUAUUCAGGCCCCUAUUACAGACGUAAGAGUUCCAGAGUUCAAGAUUGACUCAAAUUAUAUGAUAAAAGAAGAGAGUAAACAGUCACAUCCCAUAUUCAAACUACCAAGGACUGAAUUUCCUGAUGCAGAUACCCAUACACCUAUUGCCAUGACAAAAAUUGAAUCUUCAAAAAUCACCGUGGAAAGUUCUGGCUCAAAGGAAGAAGGUUAUGUACAAAAGGCAAAGGUAGAUGCUGGGGAAGUAAGUACUGAGAUGACUAAAAUUAAAGAGCGAGACAAUAUAAUAAAACUACCAAAGCGAGAGGACAUUGAAAUACCAGGGAUGGAAGCCAGUGUAUCUACAGCAACUAUCCAGACAUCAGUGAAGCAAAGCUUUCGAAGCGGAGAAACAGAUGCUACCAUUCUGAAGACAAAAACUGAAAUAGGAGAGAUCAGUUCCACCAAAAGACACUCUGCAAUCAAACUUCCAAAAGUGAAACAUCCAGACCUUGAUAUUCAUCAGAUCACUAAAACAGAUAUUAGUACUGAAAAAAGUGGUUUACAGCUUGAAAGUCUUCCUACUGUUUUGAAACAUGACAUAAAUGUAUCCCUACCGAAUGCCGCUGGAUCAAAGAUGAAUCUUGAAGCACCAAAGGCUGAUACAGAUGUCUGUGGUGUUUUGCCAGAAAUUGAAAUUAAAGGUACAUCUUUGGAAGCUACAGCUGUGAUUCCAGUAUCAUUAACUUCUGUCGAUGUUUUGCUAAAGAAACCAGACAUUGACAGGGAGGUUCCAAAAGUCAGUGCUGAUGUUCCAUCAGUGGAUGUGAAACUUCCAGAAGCAGAGCUGACAGUGUCGGGACAGGCACCUUCAGUUGACGUCAAAGGCCCGAGAGUUGAGGUUGAAGGCCGUGAUGUAGAUGGACAAGGAAGCAAUUUUAAGAUGCCCAGAUUUGGAAUCUCACUUUCAAAAGUGAAGGCAACUGGGCCAGAUAUUGAUGUAACAUUGCCCAAAGCAAAGUUAGAUGCCCAGUUACCCACUGCUGAAUUGCUGGCACCCUCAGUUGAGGGGGAAGUUGAAAUAACUGAGAAAGAUGUUAAAGGACUAGAUGUAAAGAUCAAGAAACCAAAGAUAUCUUUUCCUAAUAUUGACUUCCAAGAAACAGAAGUAAAAGCUCCAGAAGCUGAGGUAACCAUUGCAAAAGGAGAAAUAUCUCUUCCCCAGGCCAGCAUAGAGGCAAAAGGCUCCAAAUUGGACAGAAAAUUUACUGAUGUUGAUGUUAAGGAAGAUGUUGCCAUUGGAGAUCUUCCUAGCAAAUCCAAGGUACCAACUAUGAAACUCCCUAAAUUUGGAGCAACAAAGGGCAAAGUUGAAGGUGUGGAUGUAAGUGCCGACAUUAAUGUACCUGAAGCAAAGGUUCCAUCAGGUGAAGUAGCGAUUGAAGUUAAGGCCCCUGAUACUGAGGGAAUGGGAUUGGAAGUGGAUAAAACAAAAGGUAAAUUUAAACUUCCCAAAGUGACAAUGCCAGACAUGAAUGUAUCUCUACCCAAAGUGUCUGGACCAGAGAUAAAUCUCAAAGGACCAAAGAUGGAAACAGAUGUUUCUGUAUCAAAGCCAGAAACUGACAUUAAA